GGGGGGCCUUCUGUUGUCACUUUCCUCCAGCUUUUUCCUCCAGAAAAGUUCUCCUUCCUUCUUUCCCUUCCCAAUCCCAUCAUUUUCUAGAGAAACUCCUCUCUCAGAACCACCACAAACCAUCACAAUGGCCUCCUCCCGUGUCUUCGCCCAGCGCCUGGCCUCCACCAUGGCUGCUUCCACCAAGGUCGCUCGCCCUGCCGCUCGCCUCCAGCUUGCCCCCAAGCGUACCUUCACCACCCAGCGCAAGGCCGUCCCCAUGACCCCCUUCCAGACCGUCAAGCGUCAGUCUCCCUCCGGCCUCAUCCAGGCCAACGCUCGCCAGGCUUUCGCUGCCCAGCAGGCCCGCCGCCAGUACUCCUCUGAAAUCGCCGACGCCAUGGUCCAGGUCUCCCAGAACCUGGGUAUGGGUUCCGCUGCCAUCGGUCUCGGUGGUGCCGGUAUCGGUAUCGGUCUCGUCUUCGGUGCCCUCCUCCUCUCCGUCUCCCGCAACCCUGCCCUCCGUGGUCAGCUCUUCUCCUACGCCAUUCUUGGUUUCGCCUUCGUCGAGGCCAUUGGUCUGUUCGACCUGAUGGUUGCCAUGAUGUGCAAGUACGUUUAAAUUAUGACCGAGGGAUAAUCGCAGUCACGACAUCUGCGGAGAUUUUAUGAUCCACUCCCAAUCUUCGAUUACAAACCUUCAUCAAUAUUGGAGAGAAAAUAGGGGAUAUUGGGGGGAAUAUCAGCAAAAUUCUUUGUUUUGAGAUUGUCUUGGCUGUGAUAGGAGGUAAUUCUAUUGUGGUGGUCUUUU